GUCGCGAGGCAAUUUUCGAGUAUAACAAAAGUUUGACGUGAUACAUCCGAGACUUGCGUAUUUUCUUUCGUUCAAUUAACAAUAAAAAUUGCACACAUUAAGCAUACAUUUACUGUUCCAGUGACUUAUCAUGAAAAUCAAAUUAUCGUUCACGUUUCGCGACGUGGUUACCAAGCGAUACCGUUGGAUUUUUGGCCGUCAGGAAACAGUCUGAUUAUUUCUUAUCUUUGAAGUAGUCCGACGAGUCGUUUUAAUAUCAAAGUAAUAAAAACAUAUUAAAUAGCAGUUGAGUCAAGUUACGGUACGAAUUUUAUCGUGUUUUUCGUAUUUUUGUGAGAAGCUCGGUCCCGCUCAACGACGUUGGUUUUUAUCCCACGUGGCACAAGUUGCGGAAGGACACGUUGGAAUUUAUCCCAUGAAUCCAUUAUCGAAUCUUCGCGAGGUGGUAAUUGGGAUGUCGGCCAUGGAAUCUCAGCUUGGUUACCGUCAUAAUAAUCACCUUCUCGAACAUGCUCUUCACCAUGCUGCUCCUUCAGUCGGAGGACUGCGGGCCGAGUUACGUAGCCCCGGCAGACGAUGCGGGAGAACCUAGUGUCCUGACAGAAAAACCUCCGGCCGUCCGGACACCGGCUCCGGCGCAAUCUUGCGAUCCACGAGACUAUCAGCAGCCCUCGGAGUCGAGCAUCGUGCGGAUGGACGUGCGAGUUGGGCGAUGGGACGCAAGGCGGUUGUACAAAAUGUUCGACUCGGUGGUGGUCGGCUCCGAGUUUCCGGCGCUAUCGUCGAGCUACUCAGUAUCGAUAGCAACGCAGAGCUCGGUGGAGAAGCUCUACUCGCUGGUUCAGGUCGCCCAUCAAUGGACGGGACCGAUUUCGGUGGCGGUUUUCACCCCCGGAGACGAGAGUUUCUUCGUGUUUCAGCGUUACCUGGCCUACCUCAGGAAGUGUUACGCGCCGAUCCGCGAACGCGUGACAUUCUCGGUGGCGAUACCAAAGGACAGACCGGUCUUCGACCAGCCCCAAGUGAUCGAGCUCACCGGCGACGAGGACUGUCUCAAGCCGGAGGCAACAUUGAACACCUUCCUCGUGGGCGUCUCGAAGGAGUUGGCAACGUGGAAGAAUCGUAACGUCUACCCGCAGAACCACCUGCGUAAUCUGGCGAGGAAGAACUGUCAGACCGAGUACGUGUUCCUUACGGACGUCGACAUCAUCCCAAGUCCGAACCAGGCCAACCUCCUCGACGAGUUUCUCAAGUCCUCGCAGUGCGAGAAGUGCGCCUACGUAAUUCCUACCUACGAAAUCGACACCAGGGUUCGGUUUCCUCAAAACAAGACCGAGCUCGUCAGAAUCGCCAACAAGGGACUGGCCAGACCCUUUCACCAGAAGGUCUUCAUUCACAACCAGUACGCCACCAACUUUACCAGAUGGAGCUUGGACGUGUUGCCAGGCUACGGAGGCAACGUUGACGUCGUAAGGUCCGGCAAGGUUUACGUGAGUCACGAAGUGAAUAAUUUCGAAUUUUUUUACGAGCCGUUUUACGUCGCUCGUGACACCGCGCCGGAACACGAUGAACGUUUCAUGGGAUAUGGCUACACGAGAAAUACCCAGGUUUACGAGAUGUUCGUUGCUGGCCACGAGUUCCUUGUGCUGACGCCCAUUUUCACCGGACAUUGGGGCCUUCAGACCAAAAAGGGACGACCAGCGUGGCGUGAGAAACAAAACAGCAUGAACCGGAAGCUCUUCGAUGGGUUCAAGAAAGAAGUUUUCGCCCGGUACAAUCGGGAUCCUCUCAAGAUGAUGAAGAACCAGAACUGACAAAAAUCCCUCCGUCGAUUCCGAAUCGCGUAUUGAACUCGGUGGAUCGACUGAUUAACUUUAUGACACGAUAUACGCAUUAUGUAAUGUGAAAAUCCUGUGUGAAAAGAUUGGUGUGCCAUUCGUGAAUUAAAUGCUCACUUCGUAUAAAAAUGUGUAUAUAUAUAUAUAUAU